AUAGGCUUGUUGUACAGCCGCAAGGUUCUUCUCCUUUCUCAGCGGAGUUAAAUCCAAGUUUUUAUAAAAAGUUAAAGAGUAAUGUAAUGUAAGUCUGGGUAUAGUACAGUCUGUCCCUAAAUUACGGACGUCCGUUUUAUGUUUUAAAUCGGACCUAACUUUAUAUUUUUGUAAGAAAGUAAAAAGAAGAAGAGAAGUCACCAUUGUUCGAGCUGGACCGACUAACGCUUUCCAGAUAUCCUGUUCCUGUGAGGAAGAAUUACCGAGGGCAGCUGACGAGAUUGAGGUGCGGUGACGCAAAACACACAGUGUAUGAAAGCAGCUGUGUGGACUGACACUCAGGACUCUGCAGCUCUGUCUAACACUCAUGGGGUUACCUUCCCUUGUCAACAUUCAGCAGAAGAACACACGAGCUGACCACGUUGGCUGACUUUUUGCUUGGUUUACCCUUCUCUCACCCAACUCCCUCUGACCAACGAUUUGUUUUUUUCUUUCUCAUUGGGUCUUGUUUUUGACCGCAACCAUUUUUUUGGGAACGAGACUGGGAUUUUCCCUCAUAUUAUGCACAUCGAUGGAUACCAGUGGCUCACUGGUUAGCACGCGGACUGAGGAGCAGUCCUUUCAUGUCCGCUACAGGAUGGAGGUGUCCUGCCUAGAGCUGGCGUUGGAGGGUGAGCGGCUCUGUAAGGUGGGUGACUACAGAGCAGGCGUAUCCUUCUUUGAAGCUGCCAUCCAGGUGGGCACAGAGGACCUGCAGGUGCUCAGUGCCAUCUACAGCCAGCUGGGCAAUGCCUACUUCCACCUGCAUGACUACGCUAAGGCCCUGGAGUUCCACCGGCAUGACCUCACCUUGACCAGGACAAUUUGUGACCUGCUUGGAGAGGCUAAAGCCAGUGGAAACCUUGGCAACACAUUAAAGGUAUUGGGGCGGUUUGACGAGGCUGUGGUGUGCUGUCAGAGGCACUUAGACAUCGCAAGAGACAUUAAUGACAAGGUGGGUCAGGCGCGAGCUCUGUAUAACUUUGGCAAUGUGUACCAUGCCAAAGGCAAAAGUAUCUGUUGGAGUGGAGCUGAACCUGGAGAUUUCCCAGAGGAGGUCAUGAUGGCACUGAGGAAGGCAGCUGAGUACUACGAGGCAAACUUGGCAAUAGUGAUGGAGCUUGGGGACCGCGCUGCUCAGGGUCGAACCUACGGAAACCUCGGCAACACAUACUACUUGUUGGGGAACUUUCACAAAGCUGUAGCUUCUCACCAACAGCGCUUACUCAUAGCUAGGGAAUUUGGCGACCGCUCGGCAGAGAGACGGGCAUACUGCAACCUGGGGAAUGCAUACAUCUUUUUGGGGGAGUUUGAGGUGGCAGCUGAGCAUUACAAGAGAACGCUGCAGCUGGCGAGGCAGUUGAAGGAUCGAGCUGUGGAGGCCCAGGCCUGCUACAGUCUGGGCAACACGUACACACUCCUCCAGGAUUAUGAGAGAGCCAUAGACUACCACCUCAAACACCUCAUCAUAGCCCAGGACCUCAAUGACAGGAUUGGCGAGGGACGUGCAUGUUGGAGUCUUGGAAAUGCCUACACUGCACUAGGGAACCAUGACCAAGCCAUGCACUUUGCUGAGAAACACCUGGAGAUCUGCAAAGAGACUGGAGACAGGAGCGGGGAGCUGACGGCUCGUAUGAACGUUUCCGAUCUCCAGACGGUUCUGGGUCUGAGUUAUAGCACAAAUAACUCCACCCUUUCCGAGAAUAAAGAGAUAGACUACAACCUGCAUGGAGCGAGGCCCAGGAUGAGCAGAAGACACAGCAUGGAGAACCUGGAGUUGAUGAAACUCACUCCAGACAAGAUGAAUUUUGGACCACAGCAACUAAUCCAUUCCUGUGUAUUGAAGGGUCAGAAGUGGAACAGUGACAUCCUGACCAAACAAUCCAAACCCUCCCUGGCUAAGAGCUCCUCCAAGCUCUUCUUCGUCAGCCGUCUGCGUGGGAAAAAGUACAAGGCUGGUGGUUCCAGUAAAGUCCUCCAGGACACCAGCAACACCCUGGACACCAGCCAGACACCCUUGCAGGGACCACAGAAGCGACUCAGUCCUGACAUGCUCGGUGACGAGGGCUUCUUCGACCUGCUGAGCCGUUUCCAGAGCAACCGUAUGGAUGACCAACGCUGUUCAAUACAGGAUAAGGGCAGCAGGUUAUCAUUAAGCAGUGGUCCAGAGUCGCCCCCCAGAGCGAUCAGGAAAUCUGUGUCAGAGUCUGUCAACGUCUCGGGUGGCCAAGGUCGGCGGUUAGAGGAGUCGUCAGCAGCAGGAGGAAGCCUGCCUGGUCUGAGGCUGAAUCAAAACAGCAACCAGGCCGUGCUCAGCCACCUGAUGGCCAACGCCGACAGUGCUGAGCCUGACGAUGACUUCUUCGAUAUGCUUGUCAAGUGCCAGGGGUCCCGUUUGGAUGACCAGCGCUGUGCCCCUCCCCCUCCUCCGGUCCGAGGGCCUACUGUACCAGAUGAGGACUUCUUCAGCCUCAUCAUGCGCUCUCAGGCCAAACGAAUGGACGAGCAACGCGUCACCCUGCCUUCUGCAGCAAACGCUGCAGCCAGGCCCAGCUCCAACUAAACUAAGCACUGAAGGGACAUAUUUUUUUUAAUCUCAUGAAGGUGUGGACAGUGUUGGGACUGACCAGGAUGGUCACCCAGACGAAAGCCUUGUGUCUCUUUACAUUUGUCCUUUUGGACACAACCAAGCACUGUCAGCAUAUAAUGUAGUAUACAGUAGGGAAAAAAAUCUCAAAUUAACAAGGACUUGUUUCACACAACUUGCACAACACUAAGAAACUCUCAGUAGUAUCAGGGACAAAAGUGUUGUUUUUUUUUAUUCUUGUUUGUCAUGAUUUUUUACUCCUACUAAUUUCAUUUCACCUUAUGUGUAUUUUUCAAUACACAACAGCAGUUUUGUUUGUAUUUAUUGUGCUUUUUAUGACUUAUGAUUCUGUUAACUACCGUCCCAACACACUAAAGUGGUUACACUCACAGUGGUGAUUGAGUUGAAGCUACAGCACUCUUUCCAUGUAUUUUGUAUAUAUGUGAGGGUCUUUUUGGUUUAAGAGUUUCCACUGUCAGUCAAAGGAAAUGGUAUUUUAAAAUGAUAUAAGAAUGAAUUAAAUCUCUGUACAGCCUUUCUACUCUUUUGUACUAAAUGUUUCAGCGAGGUCAGAGGAAUAAACCUCAUUCAUGUA